CGCUGCAGUGCCUUCCCCACCGCGGCCCCGCCCGCCCCCGCCGAGCCGAGCACAGGGCGGCGGCGGCGGCGGCGGCGGCGGCGGCGGCGGCGGCGGCGGCUGGAGCGGCCCGGCAGGAGGAGGCGGCGAGGAUGGCAACGGCGUCGUGGGCGCGGCGGAGAUGAGCGCCUGCGACCCCGGGCCCAGGGCGGCGCAGCCGGAGUGGGCUGGGGUCCCGAUGCAGGCCCGAGGGGGGCCAUGGGGCAGGUCCUGCCGGUCUUCGCCCACUGCAAAGAAGCUCCGUCUACAGCCUCAUCAACCCCUGAUUCCACAGAAGGAGGGAACGACGACUCCGAUUUUCGGGAGCUGCACACAGCCCGGGAAUUCUCAGAGGACGACGAGGAGGAGACGACGUCGCAGGACUGGGGCACCCCCCGGGAGCUGACCUUCUCCUACAUCGCCUUCGAUGGCGUAGUGGGUUCUGGAGGUCGCAGGGAUUCAACUGCCCGCCGCCCCCGUCCCCAGGGCCGCUCAGUCUCGGAACCACGAGACCAGCACCCUCAGCCCAGCCUGGGCGACAGCUUGGAGAGCAUCCCCAGCCUGAGCCAAUCCCCGGAGCCUGGACGUCGGGGUGACCCUGACACCGCCCCUCCAUCCGAGCGCCCUCUGGAAGACCUGAGGCUUCGGUUGGACCAGCUGGGCUGGGUGGCAGCCCGGGGAGUGGGAUCCGGGGAGGACUCUUCCACCAGCAGCUCUACCCCGCUGGAAGACGAAGAACCCGAAGAACCUGACGGAUUGGAGGCGGGAAAAGCUGGGGAAGAACGGGACCUACGACUCCGACUUGCUCAGCCGUCACCGCCCGAGGUCUUGAAUCCCCAGCUCAGUCCAGGCUCUGGGACACCCCAGGCAGGAACUCCAUCCCCAUCCCGAUCGCGAGAUUCGAACUCUGGGCCUGAAGAGCCGUUGCUGGAAGAGGAAGAAAAGCAGCGGGGACCACUAGAGCGAGAGCCAGUGGGACAGUGUCUCGAUUGCACGGACCAAUCAGAAUUCACGGUAGAGCCACGCCUUCUAGUGGCGGACCUGCUGUACUGGAAGGACACAAGGACAUCAGGCGUGGUCUUCACAGGCCUCAUGGUCUCCCUCCUCUGCCUCCUGCACUUCAGCAUCGUGUCUGUGGCCGCGCACGUGGCUCUGCUGCUGCUCUGUGGCACCAUCUCUCUCAGGCUUUACCGCAAAGUGCUGCAGGCCGUGCACCGGGGGGAUGGAGCCAACCCUUUCCAGGCCUACCUGGAUGUGGACCUAACCCUGACUCGGGAGCAGACGGAACGCUUGUCCCGGCAGAUCACCUCCCGCGUGGUCUCGGCGGCCACGCAGCUGCGGCAUUUCUUCCUGGUAGAAGACCUCGUGGAUUCCCUCAAGCUGGCCCUCCUCUUCUACAUCUUGACCUUCGUGGGUGCCAUCUUCAAUGGUCUGACUCUUCUCAUUCUGGGAGUGAUCGGUCUAUUCACCGUCCCCCUGCUGUACCGGCAGCACCAGGCUCAGAUUGACCAGUAUGUGGGCUUGGUGACCAAUCAGUUGAGCCACAUCAAAGCUAAGAUCCGAGCUAAAAUCCCAGGGACCGGAGCCCUGGCCUCUACAGCAGCCGCAGUCUCCGGAUCCAAAGCCAAAGCCGAAUGAGAACGGUGUCUCUGCCCGCGGGACGCCCGCCCCCACCCACAGCAGCCCUCUGCCCCCCCACCCCAUCUCCGUCCGUUCCCACCCACUCCCCUCCUCGACCCGAGCCUUUUCCCGGUGGGUGUCAGGAUCACUUCCACUAGGGAAUCUGCGCUAAUUGCCUGAGCGGCCAGGACUACAUUUCCCAAGAGGCUCUUCUCCAGGAGUCCAGGAAAGACGAGGCACCUUGGCUGCGGGGCCUGCUGGGACUUGUAGUUGCCUAGACAGGGCACCGCCCUGCAUUUCCGUGACCCGCCGCUGGAGGCGCCGUGAGGCGUUGGUGUCUCCUGGACGCCAGUAGCCCCAAGUCGGGGCUUUGCAUGGGGCCCAGGGGAGGCCUGAGCUUGGAUUUACACUGUAAUAAAGACUCCUGUGGAAAACC